UCUGGAAAGAGGAGCUCGACCCACCUGAUGAUCCUUGGCUCAAUCCGCUCCACUUUAUUCACCACAUUAAUCUACCUCUGACAUUAAACCCAUAUUUUAGAGUAUUUUAAACGAGUGGUGCGGUCACUGUCAAGCCUAAAUUGCACUAUCAUUUUUAUUACUAUUUGUUUUUGCACUUGAGCAUUUUGUGAGGAUGCAUACCACGCAAAAGGACACCACUUACACCAAGAUAUUCGUCGGCGGUCUUCCGUAUCAUACGACGGAUUCCAGCCUGAGGAAAUAUUUUGAAGUGUUUGGCGAGAUUGAAGAAGCUGUGGUGAUUACCGACAGACAGACUGGAAAGUCCAGGGGUUAUGGAUUUGUGACGAUGGCGGACCGCUCUGCUGCAGACAGAGCCUGUAAAGACCCAAACCCCAUCAUCGACGGCAGGAAGGCUAAUGUUAACCUGGCUUAUCUCGGAGCCAAGCCACGGGUCAUGCAGCCAGGUUUUACCUUCGGCGUCCCUCAGAUUCACCCUGCUUUCAUCCAGAGACCAUAUGGGAUCCCCACUCACUACGUAUACCCACAGGCCUUCAUGCAACCAAGUGUGGUCAUUCCUCACAUCCAGCCAACGGCAACCUCCGCCACCGCAUCUUCGCCGUACAUCGACUACACCGGCGCGGCUUACGCGCAGUACGCUAGCGCAGCUACAGCCGCCGCCGCAGCAGCCUAUGAGCAGUAUCCAUAUGCUGCUUCUCCUGCUGCGACCGGAUACGUAGCUACCGCUGGUUAUGGAUAUGCAAUGCAGCAACCGCUAGCUACCGCCGCUCCAGGAUCAGCAGCCGCAGCUGCAGCAGCAUUCGGUCAAUACCAACCGCAACAACUGCAAGCCGAACGCAUGCAAUAGCAACCAAAGAGGCGGACGGGAGACGCGCAGGCAUCCGAAGCCCAGCGACUGCUACUAAACGAUGAAGAAGAAGAGGAUGAAAAUAGUUGCUGGUUGUGGGUUGAUUGCAAGAGGAGGAAGAAAUAGUAGAGAUUAUUAGUGAGAUGGGAACUCCAUUGCUUUCCAACUUGCUGUGAUUUAAAACGAAAGUAAAAAAAAAAAAACGAGAAAAAAGAUCGCAGAAAAGGACGGAAUCUAGCUUUUUACUAUUAUUAUGUUAUCUUUAUUACUAUAAUUAAUAUUAGAGUAGGAUAUUUAUUGCGAAAAGAGGAGGUAUGCAGCGACUAAUCACUGUGGUACAGACGAAACCUUUAAGAAAAGUCCCGAUGCUGUCAUUAAAAUGUAGGCGACUGUUUAUUUCCCGAAGGACACUCGGAAGUGUCUUUGUUUUGAUUCUAGAGCCCCCGUACCUUUAUAUUUAUUCUCAAUUUUUUGAGGGCUCCUUUUUGUUCUGUCUUUUUCUCAUUUUUCUUUUGAUCAUCAGGGAAAUGGAGCAUUUUCAGCGAAUUCUUACUAUUAUUAUUAUUAUGAUAAUAAACGACAGACUCUGCCAAUCAGGGAUAGUAGACCUAACUGUGGCGAAAUGGAGGAAGAUCCAGUGUUAGCAUGUUUUAUGUGUUAUGUGAACUACCUUUUUAUCAAUCUGAUGCUGAAUGUCCCCUUAUUUCUCUGACUCCUGUGUUGACCUCCUGACCCUAUGCAAAGAAAACAGGCCGUCGGGGACAAAACAAAGUGCAGGAACAGGAGAUGUUCUUUCUUUCUUUCCCUUUUUUCCCCUUUCGCUCCCCCUCUCCCACCACAAUGGGCAUCGAACAAUUUAAAGGCACUCUCGAAAAGACAAAAAAAGACUGAGAUGUAUUGUAUUAUAUGCUUGCAAAAACACACACGGACUAACUAACAUGUACGCUGUUACACACACAUUUAAGUGUUAUUGUUAAUGUCUGUGGGCGAUGCAUACACACACACACACACACACACAUAAAGAUGACUAAGUAUAGGGAAAAUAAGCAUGGGGCAUUGCUCAAUUAACUAGUACUAGAAUCAGGAAGCAACUUCUGUGUUGGAAAGAACAAGCACUGAUUUAUACACACACACACGCACGCACACACACACAUUGGAUUGCUCUGGUGCUCGUUUGCUGAGCUGUCGCAGUGUCAUCCCAUUUUGGAAGCGGUCCUGCUGCGGGUCUAUCAACAACCCUGUUUUUAUCUUCCUGAAAGAGGGUCCGAACAAACCUGUGCAUCUUCCCAACAUCAGCGACGGAUCUUUAUCUGGAACAAGACGUGAUAAGAGCAAGCUUUUUCACCCUAUAUCAACAAAUGGGUCUUUAUAUGUUCACUAAAAACCCCCAAAACAAAUAUGUCUGAGCACCAGCACACUUAAUAAGGUCUAUGUAUUUCAUUGAGCAACUCUUUACAGAGCAGCACUACUUUAGCGAGAGGAUCCCAGGGUUCUUUCUUUGUGUGCCUUACAUUUGUAAUGCUAUUUAAAGAGAUCUGCUAUUUAAGAUAUUUAUUUUGCGCUCUGAGGUCAUGACGGACUUGGAAGCGGUACUGUAUGGAUAUAAUGUAUUCAUCUCAUGGCAUAUUAUUAUUAUAAUUAUUAUUAUAAGUUAUUGAGUAGGCUUAGUUGUAGUAUUAACAUACUCAACCAAAAAAAAAAAAGCAAAUGUUGGUGUAGGACUUAUUUAAGAUGCAAUUCUGUAUGUGCACUGUACAAUUAUUAUUAUUUUUUUCUCUAUACAUUGGAAUUUUUAGAACAUGACAUUAAAUAUCAGCUAGUUUAAUGCCUAUUGUAUGACUUUAAUUUUAUUGCAGGCCUAUUGUUGUUUAUUUUCGGGCAUGUUAUCUCCAUUUGUCAUAUCCAGAACUGUUUAAAUGAGAAAAAAAAGACAAAAAAGACAUGGCGAAACCUAAGGGACAUGCUGCUUCAUACACUAGAAUGUAUUGUCAAUGUCAAGGAUGGAUGCUGUGCUUCUAUUGCUUUAAAUAUGCAUCAGAUGGGCUAUUUUACACUGUUGAGAAUUUUUAUACUUGAACUCUUUCUUACAAGGGAAAAUAUGAGAAGAAAAAAAACCGAAUAACACAAAACUAAGAAGCAAACAAGGACAUUUUUCAUUGUCACUGGAUUUGGGCAUGUAAAGUGUUCUCGAUUAUUUAAAAACGAGACGUUCUGUAGGUAUUCAAGCCUUAUUUUCAGAUUUUCAACACUCUUAUUUACUCUAAAUGGAAAUAAAAGGUUCUAUAUUUAAACCUCAA